AUGUGUCUGUCAGGGCCACUUGGCGAAACAGGUACUGGUUGGGUUCGUGAAACCGACGUUGAGCGCAUGUCAUUCGAGAGUUUUGUCCAGGAAGUGCUUCCACUCUGGCGUCUCACUUUGGGAAAAAUGAAACCCGAGGCUGCUAAUAAGGCGAACAAAUGGACCAAUCAUAUUCACCGAUCUUUUUGCGGUUUACCUCGGACUUUGGUAAUUAAAUGGUUACCUACUUUCGCACGGAUCUUGGGCUCUGGGAGCGCAGAACAACGGUCUCUUUUAGAAAGAGUUUGGCCCUGGCUCGAGGAGAGUAUGCAUAUGAUGGUCACUGUUUCCGCCAAAACGGGAAAUUUCCAACGCGAUGCUAGCCCUCAAGAAUUAAAGGCUGUGGAGACAGAACUUAUGGAUUUUGUGAAGACCGGCAACUUCGCGCCUUUGGCGGACAGGGUAGGGAAUUCCUUCGCUAGGCCCGGGUCCUUCCCGACUCUCGAAGAAGCCGAGCAGAACCGCCAGCAGCUAGCAAAGCUGAUCUUCGCCAAUCAUAACGAAUUGAAGGAAAUUGUGCAGCAGAAUGAGCAGCUCAUCACCUAG